AUGCCUUUACCACCCGAGACACAGCAUCUGCUGUUGUCGCACGACUUUGACUCUUCCGUGGAUGAAGUCCCUCGCGAGCCACAUUACACGCGCGCCGACCUCCUCUCACUCAGCAAAAGCCAGCUCAUAGCCGCCUUCCUCGAUCUCCAAGGUCGCGCCGAUCAGUAUCUGUCGCACAUCGAAUCCUCGCUGCGCGUACAACAGUCCCAAGCCGAGCUCCUCACCUCGAUCGAGCUUCACCUUGACAUUCCCCCUUCCGUCACCGAAUCCCAUCACCAACAUGUCGCCCUCGACCACGCCCUGACCUGGAACGAGAUCUACGGCCCCGACAGCGACCUCCUCCUCCAAACCAGCACUCUCCAAACCCAAGUAUCCACCCGCCGCUUGACCUCCAUCCGCGACCACAUCCGCGAAAGCGGCGGCGGCGGCGCCAGCAGCAGCAGCAACUUUUCCACCUCCCCUUCCCACUCUUCCAACGGAUUAUCCCUCAGCCCCGCAACUUUCUGCAAACACGUUCUCUCCACCACCUUCACCCGCAUGGCACCCGGUUCCUUCGUCGCCGGCUCUGAUAACCCCGAAGAGCAAAAGAAUGUGCUCUCGUUCAAGCAGGUCGCUUUGGGAAUGAGCAUCCGCGAGUUUAUCGAGUCCUUCGCUGAAGACGAAGGCCGCGCCGAAGAGGACGACAACGAGCUCUGGCGGCGAAUGGAGACCCCCCUGCUCUGUGCCUUGGCAACCCCGGAGAUGUCCGAUGCGGCCUGGAACCGGAUGGGAUUUCUGGGUGCUUGGUUCCGUGCUUUGAGGUCAGGACAUUUUGAGGUGGAGCGGAUGCGGUUCUUGAUGGAGAUGCAGAGGGAUGCCAGGGAAAAGGUAAAGACUGAGAGAGCGGUGCCCAUGGUUUGUACGGAGUGCAAGGAGGAGAAGGCGGUGGGGAACGAGGUUGCUACGAGGCUGGUCAAAGCCCAGGCAAAGCUGUUGGAGUGGUGGAUGGCGGGAAGGGAGGAGGUGGAGAGUGUGGUGGAGGGCAUUGUUGAGAGGUUCAGGGAGGAAGAUCGGAAGGAGGCGAAGAGGGCUUAUGAAGAGUUUGCGAAGAGUAUGAGGGGGGUUGUUACUACUGCUACUGCUACCGAUGAUGCGGAGGCAACGGAGCAAGGACAGGCAGGUCCGGAUUACCCGGUGCUGAUGCCACCUGAUGAUUUGAGCCAUGCGGGUAGGUAUGAGCCUGAGUUCCAGCCGAAGGAGAUCAACAGUUUGGUCAGGCAGGCUCAUAUGGGGGACUUGUAG